AUGGGAGGGAUACGCCGGAUAGAGGUCGAUGUUGGCAAGGGCGGCAGGCUGGAGUUCGUGCCCAGCAAGAUUAUGGAGCCUGUCGGGACAGUUGUCAGGUUUAACUUUGACCCAAAGAAUCAUUCUGUCACCGAAAGUAGCUUCGACAAUCCUUGUCAGCCCAUAGAAGGUGGAUUCAGCUCCGGGUUCAUCCCCACUCAAUCUUCUCCGUCGGGUGUCACAUUUGACUACACUAUCGUCGAUGAUAAGCCGAAGUGGUUCUACUGCGGUCAAGGAACGCACUGCCAGUCUGGCAUGGUCGGAAGCAUCAACGCACCCACGGUCGAAAGCAACUCUGGCCGUACCCACGAGGACUUCGUCGCCAAAGCCCAACAGGCUCCGCCACCCAGCAAGGUUCCUCCAAAUGCUCCUCUUGGAGGUACUCUUACUGUCAACGGUACCAUUGUCACAUCACUCAACGGAAAUGUCCUCCCAGAUAAGCUCGAUGGCCUUCCCACGACUACAGCUCCCCCAAUCCCGAUAGGUACAGGAGAUCUGCCGCCUCCUGGCAUUGAGGCCCCCGACUACUACGCCGAAAAGGCCGGUGGCGGCAAGCCUACGCAUUGGAACUGGGCACCAUCCUUCUCCGAUGAGGCAGCGGCCUACCUUCAGUUCCACUCUCGCAUCGAGGACCUUCUAUUGCAUCUUCUCUGGGACGGCCAUAGGAAACUUGAGGCAGGUGGUGCUUGGGCUGGCGUUUACCCUGCCGCAAUCGUUAAGACUAUCGGCGCUUGGGCAGCUCAGUCCCUCAUUCACCGUGCUACGACAGGCGAGAUAUUAGCCCACUACAACCGCAGCAUUCCCGCCAGCUGCAAGUACAUCCUUCCAUCGGUCACGUCCAGCGUGAAUGACUUCAUUGCUGCCUUCUCUGCGCUCAACAACCUGCAAAUUGGCGUACUGACUGACAUGUCAGUGCAUCUCGCCAAGGCUGAUCCCUUCGUCGUGCCGUUCCUGUUGUCUCAGGCCGGUGCAAAGUCCCGCGCUGGCGCUGUCGUGUCCAUGAUUCGCAAUCAUCUCGCAGCUUCAGCUCCUCGGGAGAUCGGGCUCCCUGCAAAAUUGGCUUGGAGCUAUGUGAUGAACCAUUUUGUGGACCAUUGUCCUGAUAAACUUGCUGGAAUGCCAGAUCAGCCAUGGAAAGUGCUUGAAGCGACCUUGAAGGUUGAAGAGCGUGCAGUGAGUGUUCAGCUCAAGUAUGAAGGCGGUGUACCUGAUGGGAAGGCCCAUUAUGUGGCAUGGAUUGGGCCGUACGGAAGCCUGGAGUUUACGGAGCUGGACGAGGAGAAUAUGACGUCCAUUGUUCCGGGCAAGAUGUAUGGAGAUAUCUGGAUUGUCGUUGUUGACAAGGAUGACUUGCAGCUGGCCGAGAUUCCGGAUCACUUGGUGGCUGGGCCGCAGCUGGUUUGGAUUGACGACCCAGAGUGA